CAGAUAAAUUUCCCUGAUUAGGUAAUCCGUGAGUUUAGAUUAGUUUUUUUUUUAGCUGUAUCAACCUCAUAUAAAUGCCAGAGCCUCAACGACCGCAAUACAAUACAAGACAGCUCCUUUUACAAUACAUUUUCAUCAUGAGGUGGCUAUCUGUGGCUGUGCUGCUCUUGGGCACUAUUACUUGCCUGCCAGAUGCGUCUCUUGCUUUGGAUAGAGUCAGAGAACAUGUUUCGGCUCACAGGAUUUCAGCCCUACGCCCCAAACGAAUGGUGGGGGGAUUACUGACCGCAUCCGUCCCCUGGCAGGCAAUGGUGUACCUCAGUGAGAACAUACUGGAUGGAGGUUUUGCUGGAGGAGCCCUGAUAGCUGAGCAGUGGGUACUGACUGCUGGCCGCAAUUUAUUUGUAGGAAAGAAUCAAAGCCAGACAAGAGGACAAGAACCACUUAUCCCAAAAGUCUAUCUUGGAAUCAGCAAACGUGUUCAUGCAAACGCCUCUACAGAAGUAGCCGUGGAAAAGGUGUUUUUGCAUCCAGACUUUCAGAACACAUCCGAAUGGGACAAUGACAUUGCUCUGAUCAAACUGAAGAAGCCAGUCAAAUUUAGUGAGUCUGUAAUGCCCAUCCCACUUCCUGAGACUGGAGAUAACCAGGAAGAAAAGGAAGAAGAGAAAGGCAUCAUCGCAGGGUGGGGCUGGGGGAGACUUUUUACCCCUGCUCCAGUACUCAAGUUUCUCUCUCUGCCUGUACGGUCAUGCAAGGGUAACUACCAAGCAAAGGUUCUUGCAAGUACACCAAACGUGGAUGACAAACAGUUCUGCACGGGACCCAGUAAGCACCAGGAAAACGUGUGCUUUGGCGAUGCAGGCGGUGCUCUUGCAUUCCUGAACCCCAACACCGAAACGGUGUAUGCUGCGGGCAUCCUCUCCUUUGACAAGGCUUGUUCUGUAGAAGAGCACGCGGUCUACACAAAGAUUUCUGCCUACCUGCCCUGGAUUCAUAGUGUCAUGAGAGGUGAUUCACAAGAAUUUCCGGCAAGGCGUGCUUCACUCAUAAGUCACAUGUUUUCACAGCAGCAGUAGUGUGAUCUUUAUGCAGUAACAACUGCUUGAUAAAUAUGAAUUUAUUUCACUCGUUUGUACUUUGCACUAUUUCCUGUUGUCUGAAUAAAAAUUCGUCAUCAAAACAUUUCAA